AUGUCAGCCAAGUCUGUGGCUUCAGAGAGCGGGCGAUCAACGCAUACUUUCUCUACUUAUUAUGUGUAUCAUGAGGGCGAGGAGCACUUCCUCCUCUCGCCAGUAAGAAAGCCCCCGAAAGUGAAGAAGAAGAAAAACAAGGCCGAUCAGGACGAUAAUGCCGACCCAGAGAAAGGAAAAGCUGAGGCUGAAUGCAAGGAGGUGGUCGCGGAUGAGGACUGCUAUUUUGUUCACCAGCCCUAUGUCUCCUUUCACAGCCCUCCCCGUACACUUCGAAGGGGAAACUCGAAACAUGGAAUUCCGAUCUGUCUGAUGCAAAACUCCUGGUGCUGGAAGCGGUGGAAAUUGCAAUUCGGUGAACGACUCGCUGAUGUCAUUGACGCGAGAGGGGUUGUCAGCUGGGAGUAUAACGGCAAUGACACCGAAGAGGAUAAGGCGCUCCAGGGAUACAAAGUCCGUUCGUGGAGACUGUGGGGAGAAUCAGGCAAAGAAUAUCACAGAGAGGUGAAUGAAAUGAGGAAGCGGGAGGCCCUCGGAAAGGAAUCACAUUCACCGUCAUUAUCAAAUGCCUGUAUACCAACUCACCCUGUCGUAGAGGAAGUCCAUUAUCUCGACUGGCUAUCACCUAUGUCAAAAGAUGUCCGCUGUUACCGGUUCCAGUAUGCCGGUCUUGACUUUUACUGGAAAGGGACUCAUCUGGAGAGCGACGGGGCAUUCAAAGCAGUCUUUUUAAGACACAAUCAUUUGAAACUAGUAGUGCGACUGCCCAACCAAACGCUGCUCCAACAAGAGUCAAACUCAGAGGAAAGUUCGGAGCUCUGUCUAGCAAAAUUUACGAGCUCCAUAGAUCCUGAAAUGACAGGGACGCUGGAGCUCUUUGAAUCUGUCAUUACUGGCCGCUUACAACACCAUCUACUUUCGGUCGGCCAUACAACUCCGAUUGAUACACAUGAUGUGCUGAUAGCAACAGCAAUGUGCAUGAUUAUCGGGGAAUGGCAGAAGCGAAAGUGGGUGAAAGGUGUCGCUUGGGGACUUAUUGGCGCUGGGGUGGAAUCGGCCGAUCCCUAG